CACUACAUGGCAGAGAAUCCUGGAUAAACAAGUUCCCGCUCCGAUAUGUCUCUGUGGAUUUAAAGUGGACCAUACCUUACCUUAUCCUGCGAAUUGAUGGGUUCCAAUUGAUUGAGUGGGAUUUCCAACACUAAUGCCCUCUCCAGAAUUAAAUCCUUAACUGUUAUACAUUACCAUAACGACUCAAUUCUUGAUCUUUAUCGACCGCGUACGGAGACUCCUCAUCAACGCCCCCAUUUUACCGUAUCGCGCAACCUGGUAAUCAUCGCGCGGGAGCAGCUUCGGUGCUGCUGCAUUUCCUAGCUGCAGCUUGCAGGAGAUUUGGGCCGGGUGACAGUGGCAUUGCGAUUGGCGAACACGAGCAAAAUACCUUCCACCAUGUCGAAUCGACAAGCUGCCUUGUCACUCUAUCGUCGUUCUUUAAAGCUGGCCCUUGACUGGGCCGUCCAUCGAAGCUUAUGGCGCGGCCAAGCUCUCUAUAUUCGAUCUCUCUUCGAGGCCAACCGAAACAUCACAGACAUUAGAAAGCAACGGGCAUUAUUAAGCGAAACAGAGAAGCUGUUAGAGACAUGGAAACACCCUGACCCGUAUUGUAAUCCGACAGCUCCGGGAGGAUCCAAAUACGAGAGGAACUUGCCAGCACAUACCACUGAUGCUCCGCCGCCGCUGAAAUUUUAAAUGCAGGGCUUGGGGAGAAAGGCAAGGAAAACCGUAGUGGGUGGCUGUAUAUAGUACACGUGAGUUGUGGGAUAGUUUUAAGCCGACAUGAAACAGAUAAAUCAUAUCUGGGACUCUCAUUCUUACCUUACUGGAAACCCUAAUCGUGGAUGAAUAUGAAUAUCAUAAGCAUGUUGACUGGUUUACUUGACAAUUACGACGGUGCUGCUUUGCGACGAAGACCGUCAGUUACGCUGAUCACUGGAUAAGAGACACUGUGGCCUAAAUGCAACUUGGCAAUAAUCGGGA